AUGGCUACAGGUGCGCAUAGCGGCGAAGAUCAUUCUGCGAGUUGCGCCCCUCCAAUCGAGGUGGUUCACGCGUUCGGCUCGUGCCCGGACAAAGUCCGAGACAACAUUUGCGCGCUCGAUGAAGAACGAGUCGUCUACGUCGUCGGCUCUCGUGUAGCGGUCACAGCCCCCGCCGACGGCAGCGCAAACGAUGGCAGAAGCGGUAGCAGUAGGCUUGACUUCCUCAGCACAGGGUUGCGCGUGGCUCGCGUGACCGCCGUCGCCUGCAGCCCAGACAGGCGGUUCGUCGCCGCGUGCUACAAGGCCGUCGUAGAGGAAGACCCGAAUCAAACCGCCGCGUACGCCACGGUGUACCACAUGCCCUCGCGGCCACGCGCUUCUCGGGUGAAGACUCUCUCGUACGAACGACCAAGACGCCAACAACAGCAGAGUCAUUUGCGCUCGGGGGGCAGGAGCAGGAGCAGCAACAGCAGUAGGAGUAGUCGCCGGCACGAUUCCUCCUGCAGUAAAGCGUCCUCAGGCGGGACUGGCGAUUUAGGCUGCGGCAGGUUUUCUCCGCCGCCGCCGGUCCUCCCAUCUGCAACCGCUGAGUUCGCGACGGCGACGUUCUCUCACGAUGGUCAGAUUCUCGCACUUCUCGAUGGGAGCCCGGCCUGGACCUUGCUCUGGUUCGAAUGGAAGACGGGGAAGAGGGUGUUUACCGUGCAGCUGGACUCGCCCGUGCACAGGGUCGCCUGCUCUCCGUUUGAUAGUAGCAAGACAGCCACCGCGGGAGCUGACGGUCUGUUCAGGAUAUGGAGCACGCAACAAGGGGGCAAAGUUUCGUGUAUGGUCCCUAUCCCAGGCUUACGAGGAGAUGUCUGCUACAGGGACGUUGCCUGGCUUAACGCCGGCCGCCUGGUACUGGCCGCCCACGAGGGUACCGUGACCUUGAUGUCGCCGAAUGAGGUCCUUCAAGAGUGGGACUUGGGUCGUUCUGAUGGGCUAGGCGCUUGUUCUUUUCCCCCUGACGGCGAUGGGGCCGGCGAUUCUGCUAGCUCGGUCGGAACGGACGACACUCUGUCUGCAGGUGUGCAUGGCGGAAGCCUCAACGUCGUGGCAACGCAUCGGCGGGGCUUUUUCGUCGGGGGUAGUCACGGACAAGUGCUAGUCUUCGAGCAGGAAACGAGGGCGGGGGGCGCCAGCGGCGGCAGGGAAACGUACGCGCUAGCCCGCGUAGUGCGAAUAUUCGGCGUUGGCCUUGUAGAGCUCAGGCCCACCAUGGAGCCGGACUAUCGUUGGGUGGACGGCCUCGUCGGGUGGCUGCCUUCCUAUAUCCGCCUGUACCCGACAACCAUCCUUGUCGUCCCAAAAUUAACACCACCGAUUAUCCAUCCCGGCCAACCGUCCCAGCUCCUGGCAGGAGGAGAGGACGGCGAGAUCGGGCUGCUCGACACAGACGACAUUUUCAGCGCCGUUCCCGACGGCGACUCCCUCACGUCUUCAGGGGGCGGGGGCGGCGGGCCCUCGAGGCGGAAAGGAGGGGCAACCCUGACCAGCGGGACAACCGGACCGCCAACAACAGACCAGAAGAAACGAUCCCCCGUCCCCCGCCUUUGCCGUGGAGGCGGUCACGCCCCGGCAACAGCAGCGGCGGGGGCAGCUCUCGAGACGAGCAGUUGUUCCGCCGACGGCCGCGGAGAAGUCGUUUCGCGGGGGUUCGCGAAGGCGAUGGACGCCUUCGAGGACUCUCUCCGAGCCGCUGCGGACGCGGAACUGGCUUCGACCGGGACCGGGUCUCGACAGCAGGGCGGAAACCACAGGGGAAGCGCAUCGGUCUCGGCGGGUCCGAGCUCUGCUUCGAGGGAGACGGGAGGGAAGGUGAAGGCCAAUCCUCAGUACCGCCCGGUGGCUCGAGCAUUGCGCGUGAGGGGUAUGCUGGGUGAGGGAGGAGGAGGAGGUUCUUUGAGUUGCUUAGCGGUGUGCGCGAGAAAGCCGCUGUUGGCUGCGAUCGCGAGGGGAGGAGGAGGUAUGUCGGCGAGGGCGGAGGAUCAUCGCAACCUCGACGAGGACGAGUCCAGCGACGCCGAUGAUGAGAGCCGUAGCGCCGCCGACGACCCUAAGGCGGACGACGGUAUGCCUCGAAAGAAACGACAGCGACAACAGCAGCACCCGGCCGCCGGUGCCUCUGCAGGUGGCAUCGACGGGAGCUCCGAGAUCCAGAUCUGGAACUACCGCACGAAGCGGUUGGUGGUGAGACAUCGGUUUGGAGGGGAUUGCUCUUCUGGUAGCGGCGGUGCACAGGCCGGCGAGCUCCUGGGCAGUGUCGUUGUCGUGGGCGGAGACGAUCAGGGGGGGAGUGACGGAACGGACGCUGGGGGGGUGCGUGAAGAAGGUGCUACGUGCCCCGUUUCCAUCUCCCUCCACCCGUCGGGAGACUCCAUCGCGGUGGCCUUUCCCCACUGCGUGAACGUGUUCUACAUUGUCGGGAGCGGGGGUGAGCCUAUCGGAGACCAGGACAACGCCCCCGGCGGCGGGGAUGGCGGCGUGGCUGACCCGGUCGCGUCCAAGGAGCCGCUGUCGAUGUCGCUACGGCAGCUAGGAGUGGCCGAAGCGGUCGCUGCCGUGGAGAUGGCCCCGCUCGCGACGCUCCGGUCGGACCAGCGGGAGAUCCUGACGAAGGGGAUGUUCAGCGUGCCCGGGGAACAAGAGCCGAUCAUCAACUGCGAACCCGUGUCCGCCGUGCACUACUCACCGGGAGGACAUUUGAUCGCCGUGGUCACGGGAAAGGUUCUGGGUGUCCACAGCGGCACCGCCGGGGGACGCCUCGGUCGGGUGCAAACCCUUUCCGGGCAUGCCUCCGAUGUGUCGGCGUUCUGCUGGGGGGCGGAUAACCGGCGCUGCUGGACGGCGGCUGACGGUUACAUUUUCGAGUGGGAGGUGGGUUCAGGAUUGGGCGCCCUUGGAACAGACAAGGUAAGGCGCGGGGAGUUCCUGAAUAAGCGGGUGGCGUUCGAGGGCAUUGUGGCCGACCCUACCCUCGACGGUGGCUUGGUCGCCUGUUGCGUCUCCGCAGGCGGCGGUGGCGGCGGCGAGGGCGGGGGCGACGACAAGAAUCGUGCCGAUGCCGAUGGUGAGCGAAAGAUCAGCCGCAGCACAAUGAGCAAACUCGAUGUUGGCGCCCGCGGCAAAUCGCAGCGCGGCAGCGGGCUGCCAUCGGCGACUCCCGCGGCAGAGAACUGCAGUACCCACGUCGGGACUGCUCCCAAACGAACCAAUUCAAACGGCAACGACGGCAAUACUUCGGUCGAACUCCAAGCCGCCGGGGUCAGCGGUAGCAACACAACCUCUGGCGAGCGCCGCUCGAAAAGGCGGCACUUGGAACCUUCCAGCACUUGCGCUACGACCGGCGGGAGCACCGCGCCCGUCUCGCUGCUUCCCCGAGGCUCCUCCGCUGCCGCCGCCCUGCGCGGCGGGAGCAGGGUGGCCACCGCUGACGCCGCCCGCCUCGGAGAUCGAUGCCAGUCCUCCUCAUCCUUCUUCGUUUGGCCGCCCAAGCUGGAGCCCAUCUCUGGCGAGCCUGGGCUCGAGGUACGGGUCCCGCACCGGCUUACCUGUGUCCGGGCGACGGCGUUCGAGACGCGCUACUGGGGGGCGCACAACGUCCUCCUGGCGGGGACGAAGGGGGGCCUGGCGGUGGCGUUCGACUGGGGGUGCUUGCUCCGGGACAGCGCAGCCGGCGACGAGGAGAAAGGGAACCGGGGGGAGAAGGGCGGAGUGCUCAUGCCGUCCGCGCAGGUUUGUCUCCACAGCAUGCCGAUAACUUCGCUCGCUCUCACGGCGGACGGUAAGCACUUCUUCACCGCCGCAGGGGACGGUGCCGUGUUCAUGUGCCAGGUUCAGGUGGGGAGACGUAGAAACACGUUGGAGGGAAGACACGCAACCACGAGCAACACUCGCGGUGCCACGACCUCCGUGGUCGCAAACGCCUACUCUUCAUUUCCCCCGAGACCGAAACCGAAGCCGAACGCGGCGGCAACCUCGUCACAACACGUGUCAAAGGGUGCUGAGCAAUUAGCGGACGCGGGAGCGGUCGGGAUAGUUCCAGCUCCAACCGAGAGCUGCAUGGCUCUGGAGGCUUGUGUUGAGGAAGGGAUGGUGCUCAUGGAGGAAGAGGCCAAGGCUGCCUCCGCUCUCCAGCAGCUUACCCACGUCAAGCACCAGGCGAGGUUCGAGCUGCAGAAAAGCAGCCGUGAUCAGCAAAAGGAGCUGGCCGCCGUCAAGGAAGCAGGGAGACUGGAGCUGUCGCUCAUGGAAGUGGACGUGGCUUCCUUGCGGCGAGCGCUGGUAAAGGGCAAGAGAGAGCGGGAGGAUCUCGCUAGGGACAGCAUUGAGCAGCGCAAAAGGGAAGCAUCCGCGAUGAGCGCGAUGUACGAGAAAAAGCUUGCGCUGCAGGCGGAGAGCUACAUGCAGCUCAAGAUCGCAUACGAGGAGCUCAGCCAGGCCGCCGUCGACGACGCCGAGGAGAUGCAAGCGAAGGCGGAGAACGCCGCGAGAGAGCACGAAAGAUCCAAAAGAGACGACGUAAACGACGAACGUGUAUCCCACCCCCAAUCCGUACGUGCCUUGAGCAGGGAGGACAUGAAGAGGGUGUUGGAGGACCACCGCAUCCUCACAGGCUACGUAGACUUUGUCGGAGCUCAGUUUCACAAAGCCAUAGACCACGAGCAAGCAGGCCACGACAAACAGGUGACCGCAACCGGAAAAGUAGGAGGGUAA